GCCUGGACCGGCCGGCCCGCGCGCAUCGGCCCGGAGCCGCGCGUGGAGGGGCCAUGGCCAGGCCCCGGGUGCGGCUGGUGGUCACGGCUGACGACUUCGGUUACUGCCCGCGGCGCGACGAGGGCAUCGUAGAAGCCUUCCUGGAGGGGGCUGUGACCAGCGUGUCCCUGCUGGUCAACGGCGCGGCCGCCGAGAGCGCGGCUGAGCUGGCCCGCAGGCACCGAAUCCCCACGGGCCUCCACGCCAACCUAUCCGAGGGCCGCCCCGUGGGCCCCGCCCGGCGCGGCGCCUCCUCGCUGCUCGGCCCCGAAGGCUUCUUCCUCGGCAAGAUGGGCUUCCGGGAGGCGGUGGCGGCUGGAGACGUCGUCUUGCCCCAGGUGCGAGAAGAGAUGGAGGCCCAGCUGAGCCGGUUCCGGGAAUUACUGGGCAGGGAGCCUACUCACGUGGACGGGCACCAGCACGUGCACGUGCUUCCAGGAGUGUGCCGGGUGUUCGCGGAGGCGCUGCAGGUCUGCGGGGUGCGCUUCACUAGGCUGCCCCUGGAGCGCGGGGUGGCAGGCUGCACGUGGCUGGAGGCCCCAGCGCGCGCCUUCGCCUGCUCCGUGGAGCAAGAUGCCCACGCCGCCAUAGGCCCCUUCGCCCACCACGGCCUGCGGUGGACCGAUGUCUUCGUGGGCCUGAGCACCUGUGGCCGGCACAUGUCUGUGCAUCGUGUGUCAGGGGCGCUGGCUCGGGCCCUGGAGGGUAUACCCACGGGCCGUCUGGUGACAGCCGAGCUGAUGGCACACCCUGGCUACCCUAGUGUGCCUCCGGCUGGGGGCUGCGGUGAGGGCCCUGAUGCCUUUUCCUGCUCCUGGGAGCGCCUGCACGAGCUGCGCGUCCUCCUGGCGCCGGCGCUGCGGGCUCAGCUGGCCCAGGACGGUGUGCAGCUUUGUGCCCUCCACGAGCUAGACUCCAAGAGGCCCGGAGAGGGGGCCCCCAGCGAACCAGCUCUGGAAACCUUUCUGGAGCCCUCCCCACCGUGACCCAGGCAGACAGCCAAGCAUUAACGCCCCUUGACGCACAGGAAGGGAACCAGGUUGCAGAGCAAGCUGUGACUUCCUGGGCUGGAUGCUGCCAGCUUUGUGCCCAGGUCCUCAUGGCCCAGAAUGGUGGUAGAGCUUAUGCAAGCCCUCUGGCUGCGGGUGGCGGCCGUGACCUCUGGGCCUGGGGCCUGCCAAGCAUUGGGGGUAGGGGGUGUGUGUCAGUACCGUGUAAGCGUCUUCCUUGUUUGGGCACACGGGGCAGCGAUGGCUGUAUUUUAAUAAAGUAACAUGUGUC